AUGGGCUCACUAGACGUCCCGCAACCCGACUACGAUGUGCUCAUCAUCGGAGCCGGGCUCUCAGGUUGCUACGCAUGCUACCGAAUGCAGCAGCUAAACCUCAAAGUCAAGGUUCUCGAAGCAGGCUCUUCGGUUGGAGGAACAUGGUACUGGAAAGUCCUCGACGAGUGGAAUUGGAGCGAGCACUUCGCCCCGCAAGAAGAAACAGAACGGUAUAUCCAAUUCAUCUGCGACAAGUAUGAGCUGUGGAAAAGUAUGCAAUUCGAUACACGUGUGAAGAGCGCGCAUUGGCAGAAAGACGGAGGGUUUUGGAAGCUCACAGAUGAUAGUCAGAGGGAGUACACUACGCGAUUUCUUAUUACAGGUAUCGGGUUGUUGAGUGAUCCAACAUUGCCAAACAUUCCGGGAGUGGAGGAUUUCAAGGGCCAAGCUUUCCAUACCUCAAGGUGGCCGAGUAAGCACGUAGGAUUCGAAGGGAAGAAUGUAGGAAUCAUCGGUGUGGGUGCCACGGCAAUUCAAAUGACCCCUGAGAUUGCGAAGACAGCGAAGAGCUUGACAGUGUUCCAGCGUACUCCUAAUUGGGCAAUUCCACUGCACAACUCCCUCAUCGACAAAGAAGGAAUGGAUAAAAUCCGAGCCGCAUAUCCCGAGACACUCAAGAAGAUCAAUUCCGCUAGACUCAGUUUUCUCCAUGCGGACGGCGACAAAUCGAUUUGGGAUGAUACUCCUGAAGAACGGGAAGCCUUCUGGGAGUACUUGUACGCACAACCCGGGUUCGGAUUUUGGGCAUCGAACUACAAAGAGACGCUCAGAGAUCGACAAGCGAACGCACUCGUGAGUGAAUUUGUGGCGAAGAAGAUCAGGCAGCGUGUGCAUGAUCCCUGGACUGCGGAUAAACUGAUACCCAAGACCUACGGCUUUGGGCUCAGACGUCUCCCGAUGGAGACAAACUUCUACGAAGCUUUCAAUCGACCGAACGAAGUAACCGGUGCUUUCGACGCAAUUGACAUCCGUGGCAUCGACGGGCACCGGUUGCUCGACGAAUGGAAGGACGGACCACGAACCUAUCUCGGUAUCACAGUGCGACGCUUUCCCAAUAUAUUCAUGUCGAUGGGGCCUCAUCAGGCGUACGGCAACAUUCCAGCCAGCAUCGAAUAUGCUUUGUACAUUGAACCCAAAGAAGAUAGUGUACAAAAAUGGACCGAUCACGUCCACGAGCUCGGCCAAGGUCUCUUGAGUAACGAGGUGGAUUCGUGGCUCACUGGCGUGAACAAGAACGUUGCCGGGAAGCAGAAACGUAUCAUAGCGCGGUACAGCGGUUCCGCUCAGGAUUUUCGGAGGCAGUGCAAUGCGGUAGCUGGUGCAGAGUAUGAGACGUUCGAGCUGAGGUAG